UGGGUCCUCGAGGGGUCCCGCCUGCUACUCAUUCCCCCUCCUCCGCAGUCCAGGCGUCUCCCGGUGACUCUUCCCCACCCUAGGAUCCCGCGUCCCCGACCCCCGGCCCGCGGCCGCGACGACCCACAGCGGCCCUGGGUUAGGGACAGGGGCGGGCCGAGCCGAGGGCCGCCCCCGGGCCGACCCAUCCUCUGCCGGGCCCGCCCCUCCCGCCGCGGCGCUGGAGGAGGGCGGGGCGGGGCCCCUCGGGUCAGUCUCAGCCUCGGGCACUGUCCGCGCAACUGGAGGCGGCGGAGCGGAAGCCAUGGCUGCAAUCCGAAAGAAGCUGGUGAUUGUGGGGGAUGGUGCCUGUGGGAAGACCUGCCUCCUCAUCGUCUUCAGCAAGGAUCAGUUUCCAGAGGUCUACGUCCCUACUGUCUUUGAGAACUAUAUUGCAGACAUUGAGGUGGAUGGCAAGCAGGUGGAGCUGGCUCUGUGGGACACAGCAGGGCAGGAAGACUAUGAUCGCCUGCGACCUCUCUCCUACCCGGACACUGAUGUCAUUCUGAUGUGCUUCUCCAUUGACAGCCCCGACAGCCUGGAAAACAUUCCUGAGAAGUGGACCCCAGAGGUGAAGCACUUCUGCCCCAACGUGCCCAUUAUCCUAGUGGGGAACAAGAAGGACCUGCGGCAAGAUGAACAUACCAGGAGAGAGCUGGCCAAGAUGAAGCAGGAGCCUGUGCGGUCUGAGGAAGGCCGGGACAUGGCGAACCGGAUCAGUGCCUUUGGUUACCUUGAGUGCUCAGCCAAGACCAAGGAGGGGGUGCGGGAGGUAUUUGAGAUGGCUACACGGGCUGGCCUCCAGGUCCGUAAGAAUAAACGCCGGAGGGGCUGCCCUAUUCUCUGAGAUCCCCAAGGCCUCCGCUACUUGCCCCCUCCCUUCACAGGGGUGCAGAAAUUACCCACCCCCCAACCUCACAGUCUUAGGACUCCACGCUGAAGGCUCCCUUUUUCAGUUCCCUCCUGCCCAGGACUGCAUUGUUUCCCCAGCCCCCAGGUGGUGGUGGUAGGCCUGCCCUCCUUUCCAGUCCUCUGGGAACCCAGGCCUAUGCCCUGCCCUUCCAGAGCAGAGCCCCUCCCCCUGCUGCCCUGGUCCAGGGGCGGGGACUCUUGCUCUCUUUGGCCUUCCCCAGAGGAUGGUCACACACCAGCACUUUAUACACUUCUGGCUCACAGAAUGACUGGGGUAAGGGACCUAGAGUCCCGGGCCCCUGGGUUUCUGCUUUGGGCUGGGGCCUUGUCUCUGACUGCACUUGGUGGGGGGCAUGAAUAAAGGCCACAGGUUCCAAUGCGUGUA